AUGUCAUUUAUCGGUAUGGAUGGCGCCGAGCACAAGAUCCGGCAGCUCACCAGUCAAUUACAGAGUAAAGAUGCGGAACUCGCGUCGGUGCGGAAUGAGCUGGUCAAGAAGGCUGAGAUGCUGGCGGAGGAAGUGAAAGCUAAGCAGGCGUUGCAAUAUCAGAUGGAGCAAGAUUCGAGGGGGAUGGAGACCUCUAGCAAGGACACGACCAAUCUGAAGAAUGAAGUCUUAAUACUGAGGCAAAAUUUGACGAAUCGCGAAACUGCCCUCGGGCUCGCCAAUGAGACCAUUAAGAAGUUGGAGAAGGCGAAUCAGGGAUUAGAAUACGAGCUCCAGUGUGCUGGAUCGAGUAGCGACCAGUCAUCGCGCCGGAUACUGGAGCAGAAGGCCAAGCUCGAAUCGGAGGUGAAAAGCUUGAAGGCAGAGCUGCAGCGUCGAGACAGUGAGGAAGUUCGCAUGAAGGCGGCGAAUGCCAAAGUCGCUGCUGAGAGUAGCAUGCAACCUCCAAGCGGUAUCCCCCGCCUCAAGCGCCCUCCAUCCAGAUCGUCCAACGCCAACUUCUUCGGCGCCGCUCCCACGCCGUCCCCCGCUCCUUCCAAGAUCCCUCAACUAUCCUCCGCCGCCUCCGCCUCAUCCUCGUCCAGCCGCCGCCGAUCUACCUCACUCUCCAGCUCCCGCGAAGUCGAGCUUUCGAGCAAGAUCUCAGCGCUCGAAACGCAACUAGCGGGCACGAAGACCAAGCUGGACAAGGCCGAAAAUCAGAUUAUGGCGUCGCAGAGAUCAGCCAAGAAGCAAGUGGAUGACAUGGAGCGGAAGCUGGACGAGGCGAAUGAUGAGCUGGAGUUCUACCGGUCCCAGGGUUCUAGCAGCGCAGGGUUGGGCAAGGGGGAGCUGGACCAGCUGAAGAAGACGAGGGACGCGCUGAAGGGCACGGUAGAAGGUCUGAUGAGGGAUCUGGAGGAAUCGCGGACGGAGAUUCAGGUGUUGAAGGGCAAGGCGUCGGCGGUGGAAGAGCUGGAAAGAGAGCUCGAAACUCUGCGCGCGGGGUCGCCAAACCGGCAGUCAUCUCCUGGACCCGCUGCAUCCGUCGAGGACACCGACGCCCUACUGGCCCGUAUUUCAGCUCUCGAGGCCGACCUCGCGAAAGCCCAGUCCGAACCGGCCGAAACCAACGAAGAGGACGACCUCGAGAUCCUCACGGAAAUGCGGAAGGAGAUUCGCAAGCUCAAGAAGGCGUUGUCUUUGACGCAAAAGAUGGUCUCGGAGGCAGAGAAGGAGCGGGACGAAUUCGAGGAAGAGCUGGAAGAGCUGAAGGCUAGUGGAGCUGUGGGAGGGAAGAAGGGAGGCUCAGACGAGGCGGACUUGGUCGCUGCGCGCGACGCUCUGGCAGAUGCCCGGGGCAGGGUCAGGGAGUUGGAGAUAGAGCUUGAGGGGAUGAGGGCGGCCAAUGCGGAGGAGAAGGCAGACCGGCAAGCUGAGGUGUCGACUCUGAGAAGCGAGGUCCAGUCUGCUUCAGACGCUUUAUCGAUUACCCAAGCAACACUCGAAACCGCCCAAUCAUCCCUCGUCACCAGGACAGCGGAGCUCGCCACGGCGACUGAAGCUACAUCCUCCCUACAAAUCGCAACGUUGGCUCUCGGAAACGACCUCGAAACUCGAUUGGCGGAGAAUGAGCAGAUCCAGCGAGAACUUUCGGACUGCCGCAGCGAGCUCGCCGCGGCUCAAGCUGCGGUAUCGUCUACACGCUGCGCCCUCGAGUCGGCCGUGCAGCGGGCAGAUGACGCCGCGGCACAGCUUGCCGAGCUGGUCGAGGUUGAGAACCUGCUCAUCGGAGCCAGGUCGGAAGUGGAGCAGCUCAAAGCUGCUUUGAGAGAGAUGGAGGCGCUAGAGUUUGGGGCUCGGCAGGAGCGGGAUCAGGCAAGGGCGGAAAGGGACGCUGCAAGGAAGCGUAUCGGAGUGGUAGAGGCGGAGCUGCAGACUGCAGAGGAGGCACAAAGGUCUGCAUUGCACGAUGUCGAGCAGGAGCGCGCUACUGUCGAGGCCGUCCGGGUCGAGCUGGAGGACAGCAAGAAGCGUCUGGCUAGCCGCCUACUUGAGCUGGAAGAAUACUCGGACCAGCUCCAGAUCGCCGCUACCGAUAUCGCCAAGCUGGAGCAGCGGAACGCUGAUCUCGAAGAGGGCAUGGCCAACCGGUCCACCGAAUCGGAGGCGCAACACCGGCAGGAGGAGGUCUUCCAGCUGAAGGAUGACCUUGAGGCCAUGCGCCUUCAGAUGCAGGUAAAGGAGGCGGAGCUGGAGGCGCAAGCAGCGGAGGUGCAGGCGGCCAGUGCGAAGGUCGCCGAGCUGGAAGCGAUCCUCAGCGCUGCUCGGUCUGCGGCGGAUGAGGUCAAAAGUCUUCCACCGACUGAGGUACCCGCCCCCACCCACGCACACCUCCUCCACGCAAAGAUCGAGAAGCUUCGGAUUGAGCGCGACGAGCUCCGUCAAACCAUGUCUUUCUCGAAGCACGAGCACCGCUUCGCUCUCCAAGCGACCGAGGCGGACCGGGCGUCGGCAAUGGAGGAGCUCCAGCGGGCCAAGGUCGACCUCAAGCACCGUACGCUCGACACGGAGAAGCUUCAGGCCGAGAUCUCAGGUCACCGGGACCAGGUCCACACCCUCUCCGCCGAGCUCGAUAGCCUCCGCGGUCGGAUGGCGGAGCUCUCAACGGAGAAAAAUGACGCGCUCGACCAGCAGAUCCACCAACUCCAGCUGGAACUGGACAACACCAAAGCCGACCGGGAGAACAUGCGCGAAAGCUCCAUCUCUUUCUUCACGCGCCAUGGCGAGCUUCAGCGGGAACAUGAUGCGGUCGCGGAACGGUACUCGGAUCUCACGGCACAUUUCCAGGCGCUGCAGGGGCAGUAUUCGGACACACAGCGCCGGCUGGCCGAGGUGGAGAAGGCCAGGAGUGUGGCAUUAGCGGAGAGGGACGAGUGCCUUGAGAAGAUGGACUCGAUGCGCCCUGUGGCGUCCUCGGCGUUGUCGAUGAGCACCUCGACCAACGGGCAAGUGGAGACUGCUAUCGAGGGACGUAUCAGAAGGGAGUUGCGCCGCUCAAGUCUUGCGGCGUUCCAGGAUCAUGCGGCGCUGGAGCAGCUGAAGAAGCUGGAGCUGCUGGAGGGGAGACUGAAGGAGGAGAGGGAGAACGUGGCAGCUGAGAAGGAGAGGGUUAAGCGGAGAGAGGCUGCCAUCGAGAGUCUUCAUCAACGCGUCAAGAAAGCCGAGAUGGCCGCGCAGCUCGCCAGGGACGACUCGGACGAGCGGGCUGAAGAAGCUCAGGAAGCAGCGGAGGCGGCCCGACUCUCGCACGACCUCAGGGUGGCGGAGCUGAAGGAGGAGAUGUCCCGCGGCGGCAUUAAUCUCGCUGGCGCGAAGGCCGAGCUGGAGACGGCACAGGCUAGCCUCGUCGCGGCCGAGUCCACCGCUGAGGCUCUACGAGCUGAGCUCGCAAAGGCGGUGAACGAGAUGGCGACCCUUUCCGGCCGCCUGGAGGAUGCUACCGGAAAUGCGGACCUGCUGCGGGAACAGCUCGGUGCUGCUAUCUCGGCCAGGGAGGGCUCCACGGCUUCCCUCGCAGAAGUGGCCGCCGCUCUCGAGGAGUCCAAAGCGGAGUUUGCAGUCAAGCAGAUCACUAUCGACUCGCUCAACGCCCGGAUUGCUGAGCUAGACACCGCGUGGCAGGCAGCGAGCUCUUCUCUCGACGAUCUUACUGCCCAGCUUACCGAAGCCCAGGCGGAGUGCUCGGCCGGUAAGGCCGCAGUCUAUACGCAUCUUGGCCGGAUCGCCGAGCUUGAAGCCGCCGCGGAAGGAUCUGUCGCUGCCAUCGCCACUCUCACCCAAUCCCUUACCGAUGCCCACUCCUCCCUCUCCACCACCCGAGCGGCGUCCGAAGCGCACACUCUCCGCAUCGCUGAGCUGGAAGCAGAGGUCCAGUCCUCCCAAACCCGUAUCAUCACGCUCGAGUCGGAACGCGAGUCCCUCCAGACCGCUGCAGGCACGGAAGAACAAUCAGCUCGACAAGAGAUGGAGAAGCUAUUCUUGGAGCAGUCGGCGCUCAAGAUCCAGAUUACCCAGCUGGAGAGCAGGUGUAAAGGGCUAGAAGGGGAGUUGGAGACGCUUAUGAUGGACAUGGGAGCAGCGGAGGAGGCCCACGCGGCCGAGAUCGCGCAAAAGGAGGUUGAGUUGGAGAGGCUGAGUGGGGAGAUGGAGGCGCAGCGACGGGCGGCAGAGGAGAUGGAGGCGGAAUCAUCGGGCAAGGUGGCGGAGUUGCAGGCGGGCUUGACCGCUGUGACCACUGAGCGAGACGCGGCACAGGAGCAAGCCAAGGUGGAGAAGCUGACAGCGGAGCAAUCGGCCGAGGAGGACAAGACGAGAAUUGCGGAGAUCGAGGCUGCCGCUCUCGCUGCAGAGGAGGCUUACCGGGCUGCCACCGCCGAAGCUGUAGCUCGUCUCGCGGGACUGCAGCAGGAGCUCGAAGCCGUCCAGACAACAUCGGCCGGCCAAGUCUCUGAGCUGUCGGCCAAGCUGGCGGAUGCCGAGUCGGAAGCGUUAGCCUCGACCGAUCGAUACACCGCCGACCUCGCGCUCCAUGCCACCCGACUGGAAGUCGCACAAACCGAGCUAGACGCCCAGAAACGGAUCGUCGACGCCAAGGAGGCGGAGAUGCAGGAGAAGCUCUCGGCGCUCGAAGCGGCCGUGGAAGCUGCUACAGCUCAGCGAGAUUCUGCAAAAUCAGAUGCGGAGGGGGCGGUGCAGCUGGCGGAGCGGAAGGAAGCAGAAUGGGGCGUCAAGAUCGCGGAGCUAGAGUCGGCACUGGCGGUAGCGAGGGAUGCAGCGGAGGGUUCAGGCCACGCUGCAGCCGAAGCAAUGCGGUCGACUAUCGACAAGCUCGAACGGGAGGUGCUCGACCUCACUCGGGCCUUGGACACUGCCACGUCCGACCUUACAGCCCUUCGCGCGGAGUCGGAUCGAUCGGAAAGCGAGCGGGCUAGCCAGAAAGCUGAGCUGGAUCAGCUGGAAGCGAAGCUGGCUGCCGCUGGUCGAGAUCUCGUGGCUGCACAAGCCGAGCGAGACGACCUGGAGCAACGCAUGCAAGCGCAGAUCACGGAGCUGGAAGGGCGUGUCGAGAUGGCGGAGAAGGCGCAAGCGGACGUGCAGGCUCUGCUGGGUGAGAGCGGUCAGGAGGUUGUCAAUGCCGAAGUAGCCAGGGAGGCCCUGCAGUUCAAACUUGAUGAAGCGGUCUUGGCGGCAGAUGCAGAGGUGGCGGUAGCUGGAGAGCUGAGAGCGUCUCUUGAGGCACUGGAGGCUAGAUUGGCGAAUGCUGAGAAGGACGCGGCGGAACACCGAGGACAGUCGGAGCUUCUAUCUAUCCAGCUUAGCGGCACUCGUGCUCAGAUUAUCGCCGUCGAGAGCGCACUCGGUGUCGCGACCGCGCAGCUACAGGAGGCACAGACCGAGCUUGCCGCUCUGACCGCCAAGAACUCCGAUCUCGAAGUUCAGCUUGUGCAAGCUACGCCUGUCUCCGCCGCCUCAUCUGAAGCCCUUGAGGUAUUGGAGCAACAACUACAAGAGCUCCAGACUAUAUGUCAAUCUAAAGACACCGACGUCGACGUCGCGACCGACCAAAUGACCGCCGCUGUCGUCGACAAGAACAAGGCGCUGGUCAAGAUUGGCAAGCUCGAACGGCGGAUCGCCAAGCUGGAGAAGACAAUCCUGGCGCUGCAGGCCGAGAAGGACAAGGAGGAGACGGCUAGGAAUACGGCGGCGAAUCUGUUGCUUAUGAAGCCUACGGAGGGGGACAUGGUACCCGUACCAGCACCGGGAUCGGCCAUGGCCCCUCCUCCCGCGCCAGUAUCCCGUCCGGCUUCAACCUCGUCCACGCCGGUAUCGUCGGUAGCUUCGACGCGGCCUACGCCUACGGUCCAGGCCCACCCUAUCGCGCCCAUCCCCACCUCCACCACUACAUCCCCAGUCAACGCAGCAAACCGCCAGCCUCUCCGCUCCGUCAACGUAUUCGACAAAUCCCAAAUGCCCACCUCCUUCUCCUCUGCCCCAGCCCCUAAACUCACCGGCACAAAGCGCGCGCGCGAUACGGACGGAGCGGACGAAAUCAAGCUGCCGGCGGAUGCGAUCAUGCAGCCCCCUUCAUUACCGCCAGCGGUCAUCCCACCGGGCAGUGCUCGGAAAGCGCCAAUCAAGGCUGGGUUUACGCCACAGCGGAACGCGUUCGCGCCGCUGCCAUCAGCACGAGCAGGCGGUGAUGUUGCAAAGGAGAAUAGUAGGCCGGCGAUGGAUAGGACGGGGAGCGGUGGGCUGAAGACUGGGGUGAAUGUGUUCGCGGAGACGGUGACGCCGAGGAGAAACCCAUUUGCGGCGGACCAAUGA